GUUGCAGCUUGCAACAAGCACUGGUGAGGCCACCAAGCCCGGGAGCAUCACCAUCACCUGGCCCUGCUCAGUGGCGCUUCCUCUGAGGAGGUGGCAUGAGGGAUGCUCUGCCAGAGGCACAUAUGGGUGGUGCUGGCCCUGUGCCUGCUGCUGGUCCUGUGGCAAUGUUUCCGAGCCCCCACGGAUGGCCUUGGCCCCUUCCCUUGGGCUCCCUCCCUCUUCGACACCCCUGCUGUCCACUGUGGUGCCAGCACCAACAGCUCCGCAUGGUUCAGUGCCCGCUAUAAUAUGUCCAUGGGGCUUCUGCUGACGGGGGCAGCCCAUGAGCUCUCCUCCGACGUGGUUCAGUGGUGGCUGACACUGCAGGGUCCCCCACGUGGCGGCCAACUCCAGGCCAUAAUUCAGCAGCUCUUCACUGUCCUCCGGGCUCCAACCAGCAGCAUGUGGGACACAUCUCGCUGCAGGACUUGUGCAGUGGUGGGAAACUCAGGGCGGCUGAAGGGGUCCGGCCACGGGCUGCGGAUUGAUGCCCAUGACUGGGUGCUGAGGAUGAACAGAGCAAAGAUCCCUGGCUUUGAGCUGGAUGUUGGCAUGAGAACAACCCAUCACUUCAUGUACCCAGAGAGCGCAGUGAACCUUGGGCCCAACGUCCACCUCAUCCUCAUCCCCUUCAAGCCACUGGACCUGCGGUGGCUGACCAGUGCAUUUUCCACUGGAGAGCUCACACACACAUACAUGAGAGUGAAACAAUUCAUCAAAGCUGACAGAAACAAGGUGCUGAUCCUGAGCCCAGCUUUCCUCAAGUACAUCCAUGACAACUGGACACAGCGCCAUGGGCGAUACCCCUCCACUGGCUUCACAGCCCUUCUCUUUGCCUUGCACCUCUGCCAGCAGGUCUCCGUGUUUGGCUUUGGAGCAGACAGCGAAGGGAACUGGCACCAUUACUGGGAGAAGAACCGCUGGUCCGGAGCCUUUCGCAGGACAAGGGUCCAUGAUGCUGACGUUGAAUUCAGCAUCAUUAACAGACUGGCAGCUGAAGGCAGGAUUUUGUUCUACAAAUGAUGCAUUUCCAAGCUGAAGUCAGGCUGUUAGCAUAGGA